CUCGCUGCGCGUUGCUGCUUGCACAGGAUUGCGUCGAGAUCCUGUCUGUUAUUAAUAACUUAUUAUUAACUGUGAUGCCAUCAGGUUGCUUGAUUUGGUAUAAAGGAUCACUCCAUCUUUAAGCUCGCAUUUUAGGUCGUUAUUGCCGGCAUUGGAAGUCUCGUUUGUUUUAGUUUAGAAGUCGCCUGCUUUCUUGUGAUUGUUCGGGUACGUUUGGGAUCUUGCAAUUGAUUUUUCAAUGUUCGACUCUGUCUCUGCUUGUAGCUUACUUAGAUUUUUUUCCAAUAGUACAAAUCCAUUAUGUCAAUUUGUUAGAAAUUGUGUCCUCGAAUUUAAGUAAUUUCUUAAUGCUCAAGGUCAUGCUUGCAGUUGGUUUGUGUUUGUGGAAAGUAGUGAUAGAUACUGUUACUAUAUGUACUUGGUUGGCAUUUUUGUCUCACGGAGUGAAGGGUGGAGAUAUUCAUGUGUUGUUAUACCAGUGAGAAUGUCCGAGGCUGCAGCUUAUCUGGAUGUGUGGUUCAAAAAGUUAGGCUGUUCUUGUGAAUAGUGGGUGGAUUUGAUUGAAGUUGAUAAUUAUUUCCUAGUGAAUAAUAAAGCUGAUUGUGAAGUUUGGAUGUUGAUGUGCUGUACUAUUAAUUGAGGGGCAAAUCUGCUUUAUUGUCAGUACUCAAUAUUGGAGCCUUUGGUUGUGAAUCUUGUGAUUGGGUGUUAAAUAGUUCACUUGAUUCUAUGGAACCAAUGCAUUAGCUGUAGCAGGACCCAUGCUGGUUAUCAUCUUUGGUUAAAAUUUGAAUGACCUCACUAUUCCAUUGGUGCUCAUUGCGCUUGAUCGACCAUCGAUUCACUUAUCAGAGCUACUGGAAGCUGUGCACAUGGGUGUAGAGACACACUCCACGCUCAAAGGUGAUUCCUCAUUUGCACACUAUCAACCACACUCGUUCGCCAUUACCCUCCUAUGACAUUCCUAAGCUCAGGGCGGACCCAGGAGAGGCCCAGUGAGGGCACAUGGCCCGCUCAAAUUCUUGUUUUUCAAUGGACUUCAGUGGACUUAGGCCUUUUUCGUGAAGUUACAAAGGCCUAGUCACUGGUAUGCCCCGCUCAAUUUUUGGGUUGGGUCCACCCCUGCCUAAGCUAUGCACUCCCUAGCUGACCUGUGCGUGUGCUGUGAUGCCCUGCUGCUGACAGUUCAGUAUUCAACUUUCACUGUUCUUUCUUUUUCCUGUUUCUCAGAAGCCUAUUUAGGAACUGCCCUCAACCAUGUCACAUCAACUCCAAUGGCACACAAUCGUCACCUACCACUGUUGACAAUUAUCAAAAUUGCCAGAUACGAUUACUCUGGGUAUGGGCAAUCAUCUGGGAAGCCAAGUGAGCAGAACACUUAUGCUGAUAUAGAGGCUGCUUAUAGGUGUCUUGUAGAAACUUAUGGAGCCUCUGAAGAAAACAUCAUUCUAUAUGGUCAAUCAGUUGGCAGUGGCCCUACUUUGGAUUUAGCAUCCCGUUUACCUCAUUUGAGAGCAGUUGUUCUGCAUAGCCCAAUUUUAUCUGGUUUAAGAGUGAUGUAUCCUGUUAAACAUACAUACUGGUUUGACAUAUAUAAGAACAUUGACAAAGUUCCUCUGGUCAAAUGUCCCGUGUUAGUAAUCCAUGGUACAGAUGAUGAGGUUGUUGACUGUUCUCAUGGGAGGGCACUGUGGGAACUCUCUAAACUGAAGUACGAGCCUCUGUGGGUCAAAGGGGGAAACCACUGUAAUUUGGAACUCUAUCCGGAAUACAUUAAGCACCUAAAAAAGUUUGUUGCAGCCAUAGAGAAAUCACCACCAGUGAAAGAUGAAUCUCCAGAGAGCUCAAGUCCAUCAGAUCCUAGUGAAACAGGAUCUGAGAGUGCAGAGAGCUCAAAGAGAAGCACUGAUAUCAGGGACAAACCAAGGUCAAGCAUUGAUCAGAGGCAAAGCACGGAUCUACGGGAGAAACCUAGAGGCAGCAUAGAUAGGAGAGAUAAAAGCAGGAAAAGCAUAGAUCAACGUGACAAACCACGGGCCAGUGUGGAUCAACCUGACAGGUCACGGAAAAGCAUUGACCGCUUUGGAGGCAUGAUGAGGUCUGUCAAAUUGUGCAAUAUUGACUGUUUCACUGCGGCUUCUGGGAGCUGAAAAUAACAGAAGGUGUCUGUUGGCCAUCUGUAUAUGUGUGUUCCAUUUUUAUAGUUCAUUCAAUUGGGGGGUUUAGUGUGGACGUGGAAAAGGUGUAUUUAUCUGAUUGAGUGUUUGUGUUGUUUUCCCAGAAUCGUUUCUUGAAAGGAAAUGAUCUCUGGUUCCCAAACCUUCCCAAACUUCAUAGAUGUUUCUCGAACUAAAUUGGGAAUUUUGUUUUCCCC